GGGAUACUUAUAACUAUUAUAAUCCGUAGCACCUUAAGGGAGCACAAACAUCGAGCUAGAGCUGCCUGAGCUUUCAGCUUUCAGGCGUCCAUGUCGAAGAGGACGGUGCUCAAGGUGGACACCUCCUGCGCCAAGUGCAAGCGCAAGGUCCUGCUGGCCGUCUCCAGCCUCCAAGGGGUGGACAAGAUCGAGAUCGACUCGGAGAAGGGCACGAUGACGGUGACGGGAGCCGUGGACCCCGUGGACGUGGUGGUGGCCACGCGGCGGAAAGCCGGGAAGCGUGCCGACGUCGUCACCAUCGGGCCUCCGGCACCGCCGCCGCCGUUGUCCAACUCCAAGCCGGGUGAGAAGAAGCCCGAUCAGAAGCAGCAUCUGGCAGCCGCGGCGGAGAAGAGGGCGCCUGAGCCGCCGGUGACAGUGUACGUGCACCACGUGCCACCGCCGCCAUGGCCCGUGCACCACGUGCCGCCGCCGGCGCCGUACGAGCAGUGCGGCGUGGUUUACCAGCAGGACCCCUGCUCCAUCAUGUAGCUAGCUAGCUAAUCAACGAUGAUCGCCGGCCUCUUCGUGCCAUUUGGUGAAUCCUACCUACUCCUAGUACUAAUCAAUCAAUGGAGAAUGAAUGAUAUAGAUAGUUGAACACCGUACCGGAUCCCAACUCUAUGUACCCGGUCUAUAAUUAGACAUAAGCAGCAAUGAAUAUCACCGCGGAUGACUAGAGAAAA